AAUCCAAUUGAAGCACUAAAACAUCAUCAAACUUACUCCAAAUUUCACAACCUCAAACCAAGCUUAUUUCUAUCAAUUAGUCUCUCAUAACAACAAAACUAAUUACAUUCACAGCAAUAAUCAAAACUCAAUUCAUCAGUUAUCCAUACCACAGCUUUUCAAUAAUUAACUCGGCAUAUUUUAAUUUAAUAAACUAUACUAAAUUAAUCAUUAUUCACAACAGCAUCUAAAUUUAAUCAUAGCUCAGAAUACUCACAACAACUAACUAAUUUCAAAUGCAUUUCAAAUCAUUCAUGUCAAUUAAGAAAUUCUUAACCAUUUGCACUUAUCAAAAUAACUUUGUAGGCAUUCUAAAUUAAAAACGUUAAAUCCCCUACCUCAAAGUCGAAACUCGCGGAAAUCACUAAACCCAACAGCUCCAUUGGCAGUUCUAACAUUCGUUCGGCUCUCUUGGCAGCUACCAUUGUGAUUCUGGGCAGCUCCAGUGAUGGUGAAAGGUCUCAGAAUCAGCAAAACAGUGGCAGUAACGGUUCAGAGUGGAGCCAGAGUAGGGCCAGAGAAAUAGCAACAGCAACAGUAGCUCCAGCAGCGGCAUCAACCAAAUAACAGCUCUGAUGGCGGGAGAGGCUCCGGCAACUCAUAGAAUUCAAAGGAAGAGGCAGAACAGGAGGUAAUGAUGAGUAGUGACAUCCGAUGAAUUGCUUUAGAAUCAGAACAGUUUCCUUGGCAAGCUCCAACAACCUUCCCGUGACGGCUACGGUGGCGCGGUGGUUCAGCGACGGCAACGACUUCCAUCGACGGCGACCAGACGCGACGGGGAUAGAAAUCGCAAGGCAGUUCGAUGGUGAUGGAGGCGCGACGGAGGCACAGUGGCGUUACCUUUCGCGCACGAGCUCUCUCCUCUUCGUGGUGGUUCUCAGGCGACAGAACAGGCUUCACGGAAGGCAGAACAGCGACUGGGCAGUGACGAACGGCAUGGCCUCGACAACGACACUCCUCGCUGCUCCACAAACGGCGACAAGGACGGCGGCGGUGGCAACGGCAUCUCCCUCAUCUCCGUCUCGGACUUUCCUCAACAACGCGUGGAUGACGGCGGCGGCUCCAUGGAACGGUGGUGACGGCGCAGCAAGGCGCGACGGCAGCUUCUCCUCAGCGGUGGCGAGCUCGCAGCAACGGCGACCACGGAGGCGCAGCGGGACGAGGUUGAACGGUGGAGUGCGACGGCUCCCUCUUCUCUUCUAUCCUUUCUCUCUGUUGAGUGUGUGUGUGAUAUUUACGUUUAGGGAAGGAAAGGGGUGGGGUGCGGCUGAGGCAAAGGGAAGCUAGGGUUAGGGUUCCUCAAUUUGGGAAUUAGGGUUUCUGAUUCAAUUUGGGAAUUUAGGUUUAGGAAUUAGGAUUUUAUAAAAGAAUAUGGAU